CGAUUGCCAGUCGACGAGUAUACAAUUUUUUCUGUGUCAAUAUUAUUUUAUUGCUAACUGAUCGGAGAGAGACGCAAAAAGAUAUAGAAAACCGCCCCGAUCUGCAGUGCCGAUUGCGAGUGAAAGCAAGAUGAACGAGGGCAGGCAGUACUCGAUCCACAGCCUAUGCAGGAUCUGUCUAAACCACCUGCAGAACGACGCCGCCUACGAUUUGUAUCUGGUGCCAGGACUCUCGAAGAAGCUCUGUUUUUGCACAUCCCUGUCCGUGGAGCAGAACGACGGCUUUCCAAAAAACCUGUGCACCUCGUGUUAUACCAAGCUGAACGACCUGCACGACUUCCAGAGGCAGUGUGUUGAUUCUGUGCAAAAGUUUCAGGAUUUGGUAGCCAGCAAUGUUUUCGCCUGCCAGAGCAGUUUCGAUGUCUUGGAUCCCAAUGUCGCGGUACAGGAUUACCAAGCCGAGGAGGAGGACCACGUCAACUAUGAUCCACUACUGAACCACAAGAUGGAGCUUAUUGAGAACGAGGAGGAUGUCUUCAAAAUGCUGGAACAUGUCGACAAAGAGGCCGAAGAGGCGGAGAACGAAGCCAAGGUGGAGGACGAUGACCAGGGCGAUGUCUCCGUCAAAAUGUUCGACGACGAGUCCUCAAUCGAAAGUGGUAACGACAAUGACAACGAUUUGGAUUUCGAGCCAAAUAGUAGUGAUGACGACAUUCCUCUGGCCCAGCGCAUGCGGGGACCUGCUUCUGGAUCCCAUACAGCACGGUCGGCCAGCCAAAAUAAACCGAAACCGAAGCCUAGAGGACGACCCAAAAAGAUAAAAGCACCUCCGCCAGACGAGGACGACAUAAGUGGCUCAUCGUCCGACUCGGAUGACUCCGAGGACGAAUCAUCUCGGGGAGACAAGCCCAAAAGAAAGCGGAUUCCCAUCGAGGAGCGCCACCUGCACCGCAUCAUCGACUGCCACAUCUGCCACCAGAAGUUUAAGAAGGCCAUCCGCUAUGAAGAGCACAUGAAGUACCACAACGACCUACUACCCUUCCAGUGCAAGGUUGAGACCUGCAAGAAAGGUUUUACCACAGCCAAUGGGCUGCGCAUCCACAUUGACCACGCCCACACGGAGCUGUCUGAAGUUCAUGCCUGCAUCGCAGAGGGCUGUGGCAAGACCUUCCCUCGCGUCCGCCUACUUACCUUCCACAUGAAGAAGGUUCAUGGUAUCACAAAGGCGGCAGCCCCACUUCGAGAUUUCCCCUGUCCAGAAUGCGACACCGUCUUCCGAUGCCCCACGGCGCUCAAAAAGCACAUGUACAAGCACACAGGCGAGGAGUUGCCUUAUCCUUGCAAUAUCUGCGGCAAGCGGUUUGUGAUCAACAGUGCUUUAAGAGAUCACCUGAUGCGUCAUGCUGGCAUCAAAAACCAUGUUUGCCCGUACUGCGGAGUGGGCAAGACGACGCGCCAGGAGUGGAAUGCUCACAUCCUUACGCACACCAAGGAAAAGAAGUUUAAGUGCCGGCAGUGCGACCACGCCUCGCACAACAAACAAGCUCUGUCCAAUCAUGUAAAAGUUGUCCACGAGAAACGGAAGGACUUUGCAUGCCAGUACUGCGGCAAGACGUUCGGCAAGUCACACGCCUGCAAGGUGCACGAGAGAAGUCACACCGGGGAGAAAUGCUGCGAGUGCAAGAUUUGCGGCAAGAUCUUCCUCUGUGAGAAGAGUCUUACCAAGCAUUUGAAAACGCACGAAAAACGGGACCUGCCGCCGGCAGAACCCCUUCGCCAGCAGCUUAACAUUCCCAUGCCGGGUCACAUACCCGGUCAGAUGCCAGGGCAAAUGCCAAUGCAAAUGCAGGCCGAUGGCUUGGUCCAAAUGGAUCCCCAUCAGAUCCCCAGUGAGGACAUGCUCAAGGCAUGCGGCGGCGGGACCGCUGCAGUGCCUCCCAAGCCGAAGAAUUCUCGUCGGGUCCAGCGCGUAGAUAUUUCCCAGCUAGCGGGCACAGCAGUGAAUCCAAUACCUUCCGUCUCUGUUCCCUCGUGGUCGCCACAGGUGAACUUCACGAAGAAAGAAGGUCAACACAUCUGUCCGGGUUGUGGACGCGGCUUUAAUAACAUUGGAAACAUGAAGCUGCACUACAAAAUCAUUCACGAGAAGGUCAAGGACUUUGCCUGUCGCUUCUGCCCCAAAAGAUUUUCCAAGGCCCAGAUUCUGCGACAUCACGAAUGGAUCCAUACCGGCGAGAAGCCUUUCGAGUGCAAGAUCUGUGGCAAACACUUCCGCCAGGAGACGGCGCUCAAGAAGCACAUCAAGACGCACGAGAAACCAAACAGAAGGCACGUUCCCGAGCGCAGUGCGCCCACUCAGAUUACGUUCCGCAAGCUAGAGCCAGAUGCUGAGCCGCGAAACUUUGACCAGUACCAGGAUCCAGCUGUUGAACGGGCGGCGGCUACAGCGGAACUUCUGGCUCACCAGCUGGAGGAGAACGAGGCCAAGCGGAAGGCGGACAUCGAGCGGCAGAAGAUUGCUGCGGCGGCAUGUGAACAGCUAACAAAACUUCAGCAGCAGCAGGAAAUUAUGAAAGCCACCACCUCGUACGAUGGCUACUAUGCGCAAAAGGCCCAAGCCGAGGGCACCAGUUUGGACGCCCUAAAGAUCGACCAUGUCUAGGCUGCAGGAUCGGUUUUACUUUACGAGUAUAAAUAUAUAUACUAGCGACGUACAUAUAUACUAUAUGUAACCACUUCUACAGCAGCUGUCACUGUCCGGAAAGUUUUUAAGCAUGCCUCGAAUUGCUCUCUAACUGGAUCAGAUUGUAGGUUUAUAGAUUAUAGACACUCUUAAUUAUUCGAGUGCGUAUUACAAUAUGAACACUUUUUAUUUUUACAUCCGUUUAUACAUACAUGCAAUAUAUGUAUUUUGUUUUUCAGUGUAAUGUCUCCCGUGCUUACUUAGAGUAAUGGAUUAAAAAUUAUAUAUAAAGCCCUUGAAGUUUCCUUUUAGAGGGAGGUAUUCUUACUCUGUGGUAAUAGAAACCCCCAUUUGCAAUAUACCAGUGAUUUGUAAUAUUUUUAAAAGAAAAAGUUUAUUUUAAAAGAACAAUAACUUCACUUAGUUUUAAUUAAAUUUAUUAGUAUUUAAGUUAAAU